CUCCUCUCUGUGUUUACCUCCCAAUCUCAGCGCUGCUGUAACGGUGGCAAACUGGACAAAAAGCACCCUCUUCUGCCCGGUGCGCCAGAAAUACUGAUGUAAGCUGCCUGGUGUUCCAUCCUUCUGGGAUUUUUUUUUGUCCGCUACACCGUGUGUUAGUGCCACUGUCCGUGGCGAAGCUGUGAUGAAUAAGGAGAUCAUGUCCCGUGUGGUGAGGAAGAGGCAGGCGGAUCCUAAGGUGGUCCAGUACGUGUGGGAAGCCAUCGAAGUCAUUCGGAACCAGAAACAAAUCGCAAACAUGGACCGGAUCUCCAAGUACCUGAGCCGGGUGUUCAGCAUGCACCCAAAGGAGACGGCGCGGCAGCUGAGCCUGGCGGUGAAGGACGGGCUGGUGGUGGAGACCCUCACCGUCGGCUGCAAGGGCUCCAAGGCCGGCAUCGAGCAGGAGGGCUACUGGCUGCCUGGAGAUGAGAUGGAGCCGAAAGCCGAGGGCAGCAAGGACUGGGAGGCGGAGAGCCACGACUGGUACUGCUUCGACUGCCACCUACCAGGCGACGUCCUGCCCUGCGACAACUGCUUCCGGGUCUAUCACCUCAAAUGUCUGUCGGAGGAGUGCAAACCCAGAGACGGAGGCUCCCACUGGCAGUGCGUCGUCUGCAGGGGAAGUAAAAAGAAGAACCUGAACAAACAGGAGAUGGGUAAAUACCUGCGCUUCAUCAUCCAGCGGAUGAAAGAGAGGGCGGUGGAUCUGAACAAAAAGGGCAAAGACACUAAACACCCCAUGUACAAACGGCUGAUCCACACCGCGCUGGACGUCUCCAACAUCCACGAGAAUCUGACUGAAGGAAAAUACAAAACCUUCGAGGAGUUCAAAGCUGACGCUCAGAUGAUCGUUCAUAACACUGCCAUCCUGUAUGGAGUUCACAGCGACCAGGCGGAGAUCGCGCGGCUGCUCUUUAGCGACACAUGCCACGAGUUGAAUGAGUUGGUGUUGUGUAAGAACUGUUUCUACCUGUCGAACGCCCGGCCUGAAAACUGGUUCUGUUAUCCCUGUACUCCGAGCCACGACCUGGUCUGGGCCAAGAUGAAGGGCUUCGGCUACUGGCCCGCCAAAGUCCUGCAGAGGGAAGACAACCAGGUGGAUGUGCGCUUCUUUGGCCACCAGCACCAGAGAGCGUGGAUCCCGUCGGAGAACAUCCAGGACAUCAAGGUGAGCGUCCAGCAGCUGCAGGUGAAGCGCAGCAACGGCUGGAAGAAGGCGUGCGAGGAGCUAGAGGUGUACCAGCGCUUCCUGAGGGAGGGCCGCUUCUGGAAGACAAAGAUGGAGGACAGCCCUGCGCCGCACCAGCAGAACCAGAACCAGCGGAAGCAGCAGCAGGACGAGGAGGAAGACGAAGAUGAGGUAGAGGAGGUAGAGGAGGAAGAAGAGGGCGAAGAGGAGGCGGCCAGCAGGAGGACGCAGAGACCGGAGCGGACGGACGAAGCCGAGUCCAGCAUCUCGUCCACCAGCAACGAGCAGAUCCGCCACUUGAAAAGCAGCCAGGAGCCCAAAGCGAAGAAAAGCCGCAGGACUCUAAUUGUUGAACCCAAAGAGGAAGCCAGCGAGCCGGAGCCGGAGAUGGAGGCGGUGAGCUCCAGCCAGGAGAUCCCGGUGUUGUCGGCGCCGCCGCCGCCAGAGAAGCUGUCGGUGUCGACGCAGACCAAGAAGGCGAGCGGCGGCUCGCCACGCAUGCUGCACCGCGGCACGCAGACCAACAGCGAGGGGCCCUGCCACAACAUGUGCCACGAGAAAUACAGCAAGGUGUUCGGCGAGGUCAAGGAGAUGAUGAAGGCCGACAACAAGAGGGAGACGGAGCGCGUCGUCAGGGAGGCGCUGGAGAAGCUUCGGGCCGAGAUGGAGGAGGAGAAACGUCAGGCGGUGAGCAAGGCCGUGGCCGGAGUCCAGGCGGAGAUGGAGAGGAAGUGCAAACAGGUGAAGGAGAAGUGCAAAGAGGAGCUGGUGGAGGAGGUGAAGAAGCUGGUGGCCCAACACAAGCAGCUCAUCUCCCAGACCAAGAAGAAGCAGUGGUGCUAUAACUGUGAAGAGGAGGCCAUGUACCACUGCUGCUGGAACACCUCCUACUGCUCCAUCAAGUGUCAGCAGGAGCACUGGCACGCAGACCACAAACGAACCUGCCGCAGGAAGAGAUGAACAAGCCCCGCCCCUCCUCGCACCUCAUUGGCUCCCACCCUCAGUCAGUGAACAACACACACACAUGCCCACACACACACACACACACACACACACACACACACACACACACACACACACACACACACACACACACACACACACACACACACACACACACACAGCGUUUCUCCCUGGGAACUGGUUGGACCGGAUGUUUCUGCUGCGUGGCGAAUGACUUGCUCCCGUUUUAUUUAAUGUAGCCAUCGUUUUCUCUUCUUUUCUCCUGAAUUGUGAAGUUUGCUCCACUGCAGAGAUUUUUAUGUUUUGUUGUUUUUUUUGUAUGUUUUCUUUAAUGAAACACUGAUGUUGCGUCUAUUUAAGUGAGCAUUAAUAGAAAACAUUUUAUGACCUGGAUUUAUAAAGAAAAUUGUUUUUUUUUUCCUUACUGAAUGAACUCUGCUUUCAUCUGUAGCAACCUGAACUGUCAGUGGUUCGGCUUACAGACUUUAAAGUCAUGUUAGGUCUUUUUUUUGUUUUCUAUAAAUCUAUGGCGGUGGAUGCACCUUUUUUAUCAUGUCUACCUAAAAUUUUAUUGUCCUCAAUCAUUCAUUGGGAACAGGGUUAAAAUGUCAACUUUUAAAGCCAGUUGACAAGUAAAUCUUCCACUUACUGUAGAUUAAUAUUAUCAUAAAUGGUAUAAAUAAUGCACCAGUUUGGCUUCUCUGCUGACUAGACUCUUUCUAUGAGUCUGAAGAUAAAGAAAAGGUUUAAAAGUUGCUCUAAAUUUGGAGAAUUUUAUAAAAGUCGACUAAUUCGUUUGUGAGUUUAACAAUCUAAAAUUGCCCGAUUAAUCCCCCUCUGCCCGGUUUGUUGAACCUACCUGAGAAGAUCGGACACGUUGCCUGGACGAUCAAAUGUAUAUUUUUGCGAACGUCAUCUGUGUCAUUUUUCUCGUGGUGUGCGCUAGUUAAAGACUUUCUCGCUGCGUUCUGCUGUUGUUGGUGCCUGUUUUCCUUUCUGCCAGUGAGGCCAACAUGCAUGUCAAUAGCUUCACCCUCUUUUUUUUUUUUUUUGUGGAAACAAGAAGAAAAAUGAGGAGAGACGGACCGUUACGAAACUUUAUGCAAACAUGAGCGUUCAACAUUUAUCCCCUGCCUGAAUUGGAUGUGCUGGUAUUUUAAUACGGAAAAGAGGCAAUGAAAUUGCCAAACUCUGAUCCUUUUUUUCUUAUUUUAACUGAUGAUCAAGAGAAAAAAAUCUACCUAUUUAAUUUUUCCUGUUGCCUUUUUCCUCACAGAUUAUUUAGGUUUUCAUCAAAUUUUAUUUUAUUUUUAUAUUUUUGGAAAAGACAAUGAAACGUUUUGCAUCGUGGACGGAAAGUUCUUCAGUUUCAGUUCCUGUUUGUUUUUCUGACUAUGUUCUCAUUGAAUGUUAAUUAAAUGCGCAGAAACAAUAUUGUUGAUGUUGUUUUCGGCAUGGAAAAAUAAUGCAAGAGCCACAGCUGGUUAAAAUUCAAAUAAAAUUUUGGAUUUUAUGUUCUCAGAAUAUUUGGCCAGAGUUCUCCUCAGGCUUUCAGAAAGUCCGACGACCCGCAGACUCGUCUUUCAUCGUUGCACUACGUGUAAAUACGUCAGUAAAUCCCACUUUAAAUCCACAUUUCAUUUCAGAGAUCUUCCAUGACUGUUAGUUCUAGUUUUGUACAAUGUACAACGUUUGUCAUAUCAGCCAUAGUGACGUUUAUCUUGUUGCACCUUCAUCAAGUCAAAAUAUUUCAGCUUUUUUUUUAUUUUUUAUUUUAAGUUGAAUAAACGAGCCUGUCCUUCCAGACUCUCACCGUUUGCUGAUGACAACAUUUUGUUACACAUUAUACAACCUAAUUUCUCCUCUGGUUUUUUUUAUAUUCGUCCAUGCAGCUGUAACUUUUUUUUAUUUUUUAUUUCUUUUCAUAUGUGUUUGUAACCUUUUUGAUGUCAUUUCAUUUUUUUUUUAUUAUUAUUGCAUGAAAUCAAGUAUGUGACUCCACUUCAGAUCUGUUUUUAUUCCGUUUUUUUUCCUCCCCGGAUGUAAAGAGAAAAUGUUUUUGCACUCAUCUGAGAAAUGCAGUACGUGGAUUUUUAUUUCCCAGGAAGGUUUCGAGCUAGAAGAAGUGAGUCGUUUAAUCCAGACUUUACCUGCUCUUAUUCCAGGGUAUUUCUGUAAAUAUUACUGUGUGAUUGCAUUAAUUCUCCUUGUACUCAAAGUACAAACACCAGGAAUAAAGUCAGUGUGACGUCUCCUUUGUUUUCGCUUCUCAUAGAACAUGCUCUUCUGUUCUGUUCACAUGUAAACUAUCAUUAAUCACGGCAACGUUUUUUUAUGCUCCCAACACUUUAGCUAGCAAUAUGUAUAUAAAUAUAUUCUAUGUGCUAACAUGGGGGAAAUAAAUGUAUCAAUAAGUCA